GUAUGGUGUAUAAGGAAUUAAGUAUUAUCGAAAUGGUGAUUUCUUGUUCCGCUUUCAAUUGUACGAAGCGAUGGAGUAAGGAAAGUGACUUACCAUUUCACAGGUAAUAGGACUACCGAUACAAUACGAUAAAAAUACAGACUUAGUGCGUUUGCUAAUGCGAUGUUUUUGAACAGGUUUCUCCUAAAGCACCCAGAGCUGCUAAAGAAGUGUAUUACUUCCGUGAAGCGGAAAGGUUUUAAUCCUACGUCUUGCAGUUCUCUUUGCGGAAACCAUUUGCGACAAGAUGAUUGCGUAGUGAGCCCUAGAACGUGGAAGAAACGUCUCAAACCCGAAGCAGUGCCAUCAGUUUUUGACUUUCCGACUCAUUUGAUGCCACCAAAUAAACAGCGACGAUGACAUGUUGUUAGGAUUUUGAGUGACAACGAAUGCUUCUCCAUUUGAGGUAGCUAAUUAAUUUCCUUGCUAUGUGUGUGCUUUUUACUUUUGUGAAUUUAUUUCGUACGAACACAAAUGAGCUACAUAGGUCUAAGCAAUGUUGUAAUACAGGUCCAUAUUUUUGUUUUUAGCGUUCUGUCAUAGAAUCUGUGCUCGAUUUGCCAGCUGCAGAACCUACUGAUUGCGUGGAGAAUGUUGUCAAUGAGAAUUCUUCCGUGGAAAGCAUGUCCCAAUUAUCCAAUGCAGAAGCUGCGAAUUGUGUCAAAAACAGUGCAGUUGGUUCUUCAGCAAUUGAUUGUGGUAUACAGUCGAAAGUAGAAAUGGAAGACAAGGCGACCGAAACUUGCAAUUUUUUCUCAGACAUUGUGCACGAAUUAAAACGUAAACUGAAGUGCGUCUGUGAAAAACUUCGAAGAAGAGAGAAGAAAGUAUGUUCCAUGGAUGACAUCAUAAGUUCAUUGAAGGAGAAUGGGCAUCUUCCUAAGAAGUUACAUAAUUUCCUCAAUCAUCAGAAAGGAACACAAGUGGAAUUAGUGUGCAAUUUAGUGAACAACUCUCUCUCGUCAAAGGGUAAUAGAUACACAACAAAUGUGAAAAUGUUUGUGAUGACUGUGUACUUUUAUUCACCAGCAGCAUGUGAUUACCUGCAAAAAUUAAUGCCUCUGCCCCAUAAAUCAUUGAUUUCCAAAUGGGUGGCAAGUGUAGACUGUGAACCUGGCUUCUUAAAAGAUUUUUUUAAGUACAUUGAUUUGAACCAAAUUGUAAGGGACCAGUUCAGCGAUUCAUGUCUAAUUGUAGACAGUAUGGCAAUUAGGAAGCAAGUAGUUUGGGACCGAGGAACUAAGCAAUACACAGUUUUUUUUUAGACUUUGGUGGGGAAGUUUCUCAGUCAAAAGAAGUAAUAGAGGCAUCUAAGGCUCUGACUUUCAUGCUUGGCUCUAUUAAAGGCAAAUUUAAAUGCCCGAUAGCAUAUUUCUUUAUCAACGGUGUACAGGCAAAUAAUCAGGCCACACUGAUAAAAUCUGCUUUGAGAGGCUGCAUAGUUCUGGCAUU